AUGAAGCGUCUCGUUGACGUCUUUGGUGAGGAGGCGCCGAGUUGGCUGAUGGGGUUGCUCGCGAAGUCGGCUCCUGACCUCACCCACUACCCUUGUGAGUUUCUCACCGCGCGGCAGCUGCGUCAGCUCAGCAGCUUUUCGAGCCGUGCGAAACCCGACGUGACAGGGUUCCGCGCCUAUCCGUUUCUUCUCGUGCGGCCGUUCGUUUCGGGGUCGGAGGUGGCCGCGGUUUGCCUCACGCACGGCCGCACCUGCCGCUUCGUCAGCUUAACGAGGGGCGACGUCGUCGCGGAGGCGGAUCCGCACGCGCCGUUUUUGUCUUGCCGCGGUCUUGCGUUAACGAAGGAAACGAAGGCGUUGCUGCGGCUAGAAGGGGUUCAAACGAGGAAGGGAUACACCUCGCGAUUUUGGCUUUCCGAUGCCGAAUUUAGGCUUUACUCAUGUUCGCACCACGCGUCGCAGUUGCGCUUAAAGUUUAUGGAUUCCACGGCGCUGGCGGAGCUAUUUAAUAGCGACGCGUCCGUCGAGGUAGUCAACGAUCGCGGAUGCACCUGCCGCGUGGUGAAUUUUGAAGAAAUUCAGGAAGGUCCAUUUUCAGAGAGAGCAAGUCGAAUCAUAUUUCAUCUAUUUCGACAAUUUUGUCCUCUGAAUGUGAGAACAUGCAAACCAUUUGAGCACAGCAUCGAAGACCAGCUGCGCCUUGAGUCUUUUUGCAGUGAUCUCUGGUGCAGUGUAUGGGGAACCUUGCAGGAUUUCGAGGCAUGCUCUAUUAAGCCCCUGGAGGGUGCGCUAGGGCUUUAUGUAAUGGAUCCAAUGGGGAACGAAAUAUUUCUAACAAACGCAUUUCGCACAGAAAAUCCACUCAGAGCUUUCGCGAGAGUUUAUCCUGACAAUUUUAUCACUUUUGUCGAUUAA